UUUUCAAACAUGGCCAGUCCACCAUCUUACAAUGAAGCUAUCAGUGAUAAUGGAGACAUUUUCGUAACUUUACCAGACUGCCAGGCCCAUGCGUCCUUGUUACAUACGUUCUAUCAGUUGCGUAUAUCUGACCCCGAGGUAGAGAAAGUAUACCUUGCUCGUGCUGAGGCAAGAUAUUUUCAAUGGAUGGACCAUGUUCAAUCGUAUGGACCCAGCAUGGAGCUUCUUCCACCUAUAGAUAUUGUUUAUAUGUGGCAUGCACAUCUUCUAUCCCCUUACCGCUAUUAUGAGGAUACUCUGCGAAAUGGAUGGGUUCUAUUCCAUACCAAAGCGUAUGGGCUCCCUCUGCAACGCUUGGAAUGGGCCAAGACAACCUUUGAGGACGGAGUGGAUCCUGAAUCUGAGCAAUACUGGAGAAAGUUUUUCCCAGAUCAGCCAUACAAACUAACAACCGACAAUGUUGAUGCAGGAUUUUCCUGGAUUGCUUGUCCCUGCUGCCAGUCGCGCAUCAGAUCGUCAUGGGUAGAUUAUGCCAAGAUGCGAACCGACAAACAUUCGUCUAUCCCUUGCCACAACUGUAAAGCGAAAGUGACGGCUGAAGCACUAUCCUGCGCUCGCUUUGUAAAAGACUGGUCAGAGAGUACAAAAACGGAUAUAAAACUCGCUGGGUUCCAAUUGGAUAAGAAAGGAAAGCGGCUAUAUUUGCAGCCAGAGAUUGCGGCAAGGAUGAUUGCUAUACGCGAUAGUGCAAAAGUCCAGGCAGUGCUAAAUUCGAAAGAACCCCUUGAUUGGAUAGAACUUGUCAUUGCUCUCAGAUCUCAGAUCACAAUAGGUAGAACGGACUCCAAGAGACUAGAUCUUAACACAGUGGCUACUACUAUGCGUAGUCGGUAUAUGGGUAUUCCUUACAAGUCCUCAUUGGAUAUCAUUAUUGCCGUUGCACGACAAUGGGAAUUCACUGCUAAGAUGGUUGAAAUCAACUGGACCACACCAGCGUCAGUAGCCGAUGCCGUGGCGCGGUACAAAAAGUUUCUGAUGCUUAUGAAGGAUCAUCCAAAGUCCAUCCUGGUACCUGUACUGUCGAUCGAUCUCGCGUGGCAUACCCACAUGCUGAAUCACUACAACUAUCGCGAGUACACCCUUAAGCACUUGUUCCUAGUCGUCAACCACGAUGAUACCAUUGCCAGUAGCAAACUCAAUAAUUACCUCAUCUCAACUGCCAAGCUAUGGUAUCAGAAAUACCAAGAACCAUAUACGUCUGAUAAUCUGGAAAAGCUGUAUUCGUCAUCUUCGAUGUUUGCCGCGAUACAGAAGAGAAAAAUGCGCAAGUACUGGUAUCAGGAUAAGACGACAGAGAAGAAGGAACCUACCAUGGAGAAAGACCGUUACGUUGAACAUAAUACCGGUAAGUGACAGCACGCAGGGUGCGUGGAAAAAUCCAAUUAAUAUUCUGACAUUUUCCUUUAGCGUAUGCAAGCCCUGUAUUCGGCGUAAUGGUCAUGCCCGAUCUAUGGUACACGACAUCUGUAG